AUGCCUGACCCCGUUAUUAUUCAUAUACCUGACCCCGUUAUUAUUCUUAUACCUGACCCCAUUAUUAUUCUUAUACCUGACCCCAUUAUUAUUCUUAUACCUGACCCCGUUAUUAUUCUUAUACCGGACCCGGUUAUUAUUCUUAUACCUGACCCCGUUAUUAUUCUUAUACCCGACCCCGUUAUUAUUCUUAUACCGGACCCGGUUAUUAUUCUUAUACCUGACCCCGUUAUUAUUCUUAUACCGGACCCGGUUAUUAUUCUUAUACCUGACCCCGUUAUUAUUCUUAUACCCGACCCCAUUAUUAUUCUUAUACCCGACCCCAUUAUUAUUCUUCUACCUGACCCCAUUAUUAUUCUUAUACCCGACCCCAUUAUUAUUCUUAUACCCGACCCCAUUAUUAUUCUUAUACCCGACCCCGUUAUUAUUCUUAUACCGGACCCCGUUAUUAUUCUUAUACCCGACCCCAUUAUUAUUCUUAUACCCGACCCCAUUAUUAUUCUUAUACCUGACCCCGUUAUUAUUCUUAUACCUGACCCUAUUAUUCUUAUACCUGACCCCGUUAUUAUUCAUAUACCUGACCCCGUUAUUAUUCUUAUACCUGACCCCAUUAUUAUUCUUAUACCUGACCCCGUUAUUAUUCUUAUACCUGACCCCGUUAUUAUUCUUAUACCUGACCCCGUUAUUAUUCUUAUACCUGACCCCGUUAUUAUUCUUAUACCGGACCCCGUUAUUAUUCUUAUACCUGACCCCGUUAUUAUUCUUAUACCUGACCCCAUUAUUAUUCUUAUACCUGACCCCGUUAUUAUUCUUAUACCUGACCCCGUUAUUAUUCUUAUACCUGACCCAGUUAUUAUUCUUAUACCUGACCCCGUUAUUAUUCUUAUACGUGACCCCGUUAUUAUUCUUAUACCUGACCCCAUUAUUAUUCUUAUACCUGACCCCAUUAUUAUUCUUAUACCUGACCCCGUUAUUAUUCUUAUACCUGACCACGUUUUUAUUCUUCUACCUGACCCCGUUAUUAUUCUUAUACCUGACCCCAUUAUUAUUCUUAUACCUGACCCCAUUAUUAUUCUUAUACCCGACCCCGUUAUUAUUCUUAUACCUGACCCUAUUAUUCUUAUACCUGACCCCGUUAUUAUUCUUAUACCUGACCCCGUUAUUAUUCUUAUACCUGACCCCAUUAUUAUUCUUAUACCUGACCCCAUUAUUAUUCUUAUACCCGACCCCGUUAUUAUUCUUAUACCUGACCCCGUUAUUAUUCUUAUACCUGACCCCAUUAUUAUUAUUAUACCUGACCCCAUUAUUAUUCUUAUACCUGACCCCAUUAUUAUUCUUAUACCUGACCCCGUUAUUAUUCUUAUAUCCGACCCCAUUAUUAUUCUUAUACCUGACCCCGUUAUUAUUCUUAAACCUGACCCCGUUAUUAUUCUUAUACCUGACCCCGUUAUUAUUCUUAUACCUGACCCCAUUAUUAUUCAUAUACCUGACCCCAUUAUUAUUCUUAUACCUGACCCCGUUAUUAUUCUUAUACCUGACCCCAUUAUUAUUCUUAUACCUGACCCCAUUAUUAUUCUUAUACCUGACCCCGUUAUUAUUCUUAUACCUGACCCUGUUAUUAUUCUUAUACCUGACCCUGUUAUUAUUCUUAUACCUGACCCUGUUAUUAUUCUUAUACCUGACCCCAUUAUUAUUCUUAUACCCGACCCCAUUAUUAUUCUUAUACCCGACCCCAUUAUUAUUCCUAUACCUGACCCCGUUAUUAUUCUUAUACCUGACCCCGUUAUUAUUCUUAUACCUGACCCCGUUAUUAUUCUUAUACCGGACCCCGUUAUUAUUCUUAUACCUGACCCCGUUAUUAUUCUUAUACCUGACCCCGUUAUUAUUCUUAUACCUGAUCCCGUUAUUAUUCAUAUACCGGACCCCGUUAUUAUUCCCAUACCGGACCCCGUUAUUAUUCUUAUACCUGACCCCGUUAUUAUUCAUAUACCUGACCCCAUUAUUAUUCUUAUACCUGAUCCCGUUAUUAUUCAUAUACCUGACCCCAUUAUUAUUCAUAUACCUGACCCCGUUAUUAUUCUUAUACCUGACCCCGUUAUUAUUCUUAUUCCUGACCCCGUUAUUAUUCUUAUACCUGACCCCAAAUUGGCCAAAAUAUCAAUGAUGCCAUAA